AUUUUGGAAGCAUUUCCGGACGUCUCAGAGCAUUGACGGUGGGAUUCAGAGGCGUUACUUUUAAGCGUUACGACAAGUUUUCGAGGGAUUGGGAGCCUCUCAGGUGCGUUACGCGUAUCUGUCGAACGAUUAGAGGGUUCGAAAAUUCGGUACAAGAUAAUAAUGCCUACUAUAGUUUCAGUAGGGAUUUGCUCCAAAAUUUCUAAUGGAACUUCCCCACAAAUUCCUCCAGGUAUUCCUAUCAGGAUUCUAAAUGAGACCCCUUCAAGUAUUCUUCUAGAGGGAUUCCACCCGGGGUUUGUUCAUUGAUUAUGCUUGGGAUUUUCCAGGAUUUUUUCCGGCAUUUUCGAGGUAUUUUCGAGAUUUUUUACGGGAUUCCUCCAUUCAUCCGUUUAUUAAUAAUGACAAGAAAACAUCAGAAGUGAUUUUGGUAUUUCCAGGAUGCUUUUCAAUACUGGCUGUGCAAGCGCUAGAAUAGAAAUAGAAUAGAAUAGAAUCGAGAUUAUGAGUUGAGCAUAGGACCAACUAUAGAGUGUAGUCAAAGCACUUGCGCCGUUCUACAACAACACCAUCCUUGCAAUCUCUGGACUGUGAUAACAGCAAUGCGAUCGGUUAGGUCUAUGCUAUGGUUAACGUGCGCCAUUCAGUGCAGGCCAUAUAUACUGUGUUAAUAUGUUUGCAAUUUUAAGGCCAUUUAGUUAGUGUUCCAUGAAACUAUGAAACUAUGGGAAUUACCGCUCGAGUGUAAUCAGCUGAAACGUAACAGAUAAGCCUAUUACUUGUAUAAAAGAUUAGUACAUUUUUGAUCGCGAACGAACAAGCAUACUCAAUCGCGGUUACAAUUCGAUCCUUUUUGUUCAAGAAAGCUUUUAAUUAUACACUUUUGGUAAUAAUGGGAACCAAAAUGAUUGUAUCCCUGUUACUUUUGUUAAUGUGGUAUCAAUUGAGCCAAGCGACGGUGAUGGUUCCAGCAUCACCAUGCAGGGACAUGUUCUCAUACCAAGUUCAUCCUGAUAGUAAUCAGAUAAUUGGUUACAUACAGCUAAGUGGAUUGAAUGCAGAUAUAAAAAACACACUCGAGGUGAAGGUCUACGAAGGAGCUUCGGGAACAGGACAGAAAACUGACCUUCAUAUGUACAAAUCGCUCGAGUCUACGUACAACGACAUGAAAAAUUAUGGAACUGCAAUAUAUUGGUUAAAUUUUAAAAAGCAAAAUCCUCUACCUGUGCUGGUAUCAAUGAGUCUUAAUGGCAAACUGAUAUGUGCCGGAACUCCACGGCAAGCAGUGAGAACUAUGGCUCAUAGUAUUAUGCCUCCAAAUACUGUUGGUAGCAGAUUUUCUGCAUCUCCACAAUCCCCAGCCAAACCCGUAGUUACAAUUUCAGUACCAGUUGAAACGCAAUACCAAGCGACGACGAUGGAUCCGGCAUCACCAUGCAGUGACAUGUUCUCAUACCGAGUUCGUCCUGAUACCGAGGAAAUAAUUGGUUACAUACAGCUAAGUGGAUUAAAUGCAAAUGUAAAAAACACCCUUGAGGUGAAGGUCUACGAAGGAGCUUCGGGAACAGGACAGAAAACUACCCUACAUAUGUACAAAUCGCUCGAGUCUACGUACAACGACAUGAAAAAUUAUGGAACUGCAACAUAUUGGUUGAAUUUUGAAUUGCAAUAUCCUAUACCUGCCCUGGUAUCAAUGAGCGUCAACGGCAAGCUGAUAUGUGCCGGAACUCCACGGCAAGCAGUGAGAACUAUGGCUCAUAGUAUUAUUCCUCCAGAUACUGUUGGUAGCAGAUUUUCUGCUCCUCCACAAACCACAGCGAAACCCGUCGUUACAAUUUCAGCACCGGUUGAAACGCAAAACAUAUGUGGCACCAGCACCCUAUUGACUGAUCUCUCCUUUAAAGGCACACCAUCUCGGAAGGGGCAAUUUCCAUGGGCUGUACCGAUUUUCCAUCGCAAUUCCACAUCCGGUCUCGAAUACUUCUGUGGUGGAACAAUCGUUACGGAUCGCCAUAUCUUAACCGCGGCUCAUUGCGUGAUGAACAAACGGCCCCAAAAAAUCCUGGCCAUUCCCGGGAAACACAGCAUCUCUGAUACAUCCGCCACAAACGGCGCUGUUCAUGCAAACGUACAGCAGAUUGUGUGCCACGAAGACUAUGACAGUGACAGUGAACACCUCGUAGACCAAGAUGCGGACAUUGCUGUCUUACGAUUGGAGAAGUCGCUUCAUUUUACAAAUUUUAUUAGACCACUCUGUUUGUUGCUAGAUCAGAGCCCACUGAGUGUGACCCGUAAUCACAAAGGUGUUGUGUCAGGCUGGGGCAUCACCGAAAACGGAGAUACUAACACUCCUUUCUACUACACGAGUACCAUUGUUAGUAGACAGCAGUGCAGCAAUAACAUGGACGUUAGUAUUCCUAACAGGGCCAGACUGUUCUGUGGCGAUGGAUCAGGUUCUGUCGCUUGCGAUGGAGAUUCUGGUAGUGCAAUGGCUAUGAAACGUAACAAUCGGUUUUAUUUACGAGGCUUAGUAUCCAAAGCUGCUCGGGAUCCAAUAACUCAGAAAUGCGAUACGACCAAAUAUGUAAUGUACACCGAUGUUUCGAAGUUUAUACAUUGGAUAUUGCAGCAUAUCAAUGACGAUGAUUAUUUUGAUUAUUAAACAUGUUUGUGUUUUAAAACAAUAUGUUUUUUUG